AUGGUAUUCCCGGCAGACAAAUCAGUCCUCGUCUUUCUCCUGUGCAUCUGGGCAGUCGCCGCAAGAGGACAGCCCGGCCAGUCCCAGGAGCCCACCCGCAUCCCGCUCUACUCGUUCUCGCUCCAUCCUCCGUUUAUUGAGGACAAUCUUAACAACAGAUGGUGGAACUUUGGAGGAGACACCAUCGUUGAGUCCAACAAGUUCAUUCGUCUGACCUCCGACAGGCCGUCUCAGUCAGGAUGGCUCUGGGGCAAAGUGCCAUUGACGGCCGCCGGAUGGAUCUGCGAGAUUCAGUUCCACGUCCAUGGCGAGAACUCGCUGUACGGAGACGGAUUCGCUUUCUGGUACACCUCCGAGAAGGAAAUCCAAGGUCCCGUCUUUGGAAGCAAGGACUACUUCAAUGGACUCGGUAUCUUCUUUGACACCUACAACAACGGCCGCCAUCGAGAGCCUUUCCCGAUCGUCAGCGCUAUGGUCGGCGACGGAAAAACCUACUAUGAUCACAACAACGACGGAAGGUCAAACCAGCUUGCCUCAUGCUCCUUCCACUUCCAAGGCCUCGAAAGCGCCCGGGCCACCAUCAAGUACAUCCGCGGCGAGUUGCUGGAGGUUCGGACCACCACUGGAGUCACGGAUAACAACGGCGUGCUCAUGUGGAACGAUUGCUUCUCCGUGACCAACGUCACCCUCCCCUCGGUUGGCUACAUGGGCUUCACGGCCCACACUGGUGAUGUUCAUGAUGCCCACGACAUUCUCGGAAUCACCACGACUGGACUCGUCAAUUCGGGCAGCAGCAACCUCCCUCCCGCCCGCGGAAGCGCCAGCUCGCCAGUGUCCCAGCCCAAGCCCUACAACCCCGUCCAGUCCAAGGGGAGCGUCGGCUCAGCGCUCUUGACCGCCCUCCUUGUGAUCGUCGGCAUCCUCGUGCUUGCAUACGUUGUCUGGAACGUGGUGCAGCAGCAGAAGAGCAAGUCCUUCAAGCGAUUCUAA